AUGUAUCGUCCAGCACAAACCGCCAGCCCAUACAUCCCACAUAUUCUUAAGUCUAUCCGACAACGGGACUCAAGAGCCGCCCAUAUACACCGACAAGUCGCAGAAUUAGGAGCUCCAGAAGGAGAGGAUUAUCUAUCUGGAGUAAUUCAGAUACUCGAACAAUAUGUUCCUCACCAAAAUUUGGUACCCGCCCUCACCUACUUCAACAUCCACAGGUUCUCUUUCAUUCACCCCAUUGAUUGGGAGGCUGAAGCCUUCACAAGCCCUUUACACAUACGGGAGAACCUGCAGAAUUUCAUUGAGUUUCUUGACAAUGUCAAUCAGCUUGCUACGGCCUUUGCUGGAGUUCCAGAUCCUGAGCAUCACUGGAGCAUGAUGUACUGUCGAGCUCGCAAGAUGAUCCCUCUUGGAGCUCUAAUGACAGGUGCAGAACGCUGUGAGAGCUUGCGUUUCUUUGAAAUGAUCCGGAAUGGUCUCCAGGUUUCCGCCAACCGAAACCCGCCUGGGGGCAGCCCUACGGAUAUCGCAGGCAAACCCAUCAACUCAGACUUUUUUGCUCUCGUGCAACGAGAAUUCUUGAUGUAUGAGUUCGAGACAAGGGCUAAUAGGCUGUCUUAUCUAUACAGGGAGGGUUUCCUCCCCAAGAACGAAGAGGUCGAGAACCUCGUCAGAAGCUAUGUCGAUGAGCCACACCAGAUAUAUAUUCGGCCAUUCAAAUGGCUAGUGAAGCGACAACGCCUGUUCAUAACGUCACAAAGGGCUAUUGUCAACCUAGACAGAGAAAAGGGGGGUUUCGAUUUCAUUAUCAAUGACGACGAUUUCUUCGCCCUCGGAGUUCAGGGGCUAGCUGCGAGCCUACCCAAACGAGGAGACUACUACGGGAAACAGUUACUCUUCCAGCUAAAUUCUGUCAACUAUCAACUUGAAACCGACUUGGUGAACUAUGGCUCCGGAAGUCGAGAAGCAUGGUGCGAUGGCUGGUUUGGAAGAUACUCCGGCGUGGGCCCUUCUGCUCACGUCUCCCUUGACGACAAGUACCUGAGUGCUAACGAAGAAGAUCCUAAUUGGCAUGUCCAACUUUUCAAGUGGAAGCAUGAACCUGUCACCGUCGCUCGCGAGCUUGGAUUGUUGACCGCAGUAGAGAGAGUCCGCCUCUGGGGACCGGCAGUUGAAGCGUUCAGCUGUGACGUGUUGUGGGAGACUUUUGCUUGGCUUGACGAUUGUCAGCGGAAACCUGCGAUCUUUGGGACACAACCAUGA